CAAUUUUCCCACUCUCUCGCCAAAUAUUCCAAUAUUCAAAAUCCUUCUAUUUAAUCCCCCUCCUCCAAUUUCCAGCUCUUAAGUUCAACGAGGCCAACUUUCACCACAACAAACGUUAACACGUCUACCUGUUUCAUCCAACGGCUGAGAAUGGAAGAAGAUGAAGGUUGCACCACUCCGAAGCGUAGGAUCCCCGCGGCGGUCGUUUGUCCACCACCACCUCCAAGGAAGAAACCAAUGACUGGUAACAAACGAGACCCGCCGAAGAACGGUUUUUUUCACUCCCCUGAUCUUGAUGCUUUGUUUGCGAUGCCAGUAAUAAGGCAAACUUGUGCUUAGGUUAAUCUUUCUGGUUUCCUUUUAUAUCGUUCGUUGCUUAUUUCUUAUUCUCUAGGUAGUGUAAAUAAUCGGUAGUGAAAUUGAACGAAGAAAAUAACUUGUUAUUCAAAGAUAAAUUCAUUUCUCAAUAGAAGAGAUUAGUUGUUUUUGUUUUU